AUGGCAAGCCGUGGCUCCCGCGAAGUUGGAGCAGAUCUGCUUGGCACAGAGCAACGGAAGCUGUUGGAUAAGACCUUCAAAGAGCUGACUGAAAAUUGUCUCUUUCCUUGUCGAAACUUGCAGUGCAGAGAGAGAAAGAGGUUUAAGGGCGUCACCGACAACGCCCGGAUACCUUGCCGCAUCCGGGUCUUUAAGAACGACCGCGACAUCACUGAGAUUGCAGAUGAGACAAUCAAAAUCCCUGACAUCAUCUUCCGAGAGAAGCAGGAGCAGUUUGGACACCAGGUCAUUCCAUGGAAUCAACGGACUCCCCGACAACUCUUCCUCUACAACCAGCAGAUUUUGGAGAGAGACCUGGAGAUUGACGUGUUGAAGAUCCGCUGCAUUUGCGUCAGUUGCAACAAGGUGGUGUCGGAAUGUCAUGCCGUGGACACCAAGGAGAAGUUGCAUUUGGAAGUCAAAGAGUACGUCGCACACGACCGGAAUCUGCCACUGCUCUAUGAUCGACAGAGCGCCAAUCUUGAUCUCCCAGACGAUGCAAGCAAAGUGUGUGCGCUCUCCCACGGACCAGGUGUUAACCGAUUCGUCGAUGAAGUACUGCCCAGACACAUCGAGGCUAUCAGAGCUUCCUUGCGAAAUGGAGCAUUACAACAGCGACUGAGUGAAAAGAGUCAGGAUGCCAGGACGAUGUUUCAGGAUCCAAAGAAAACCUACAUUCGCAUUGGUCUCGGUCUUAGAGAGUUGGGUGGUUUGACCGCCAUUCUCGAGCUUUGGCCUCAGGGCUAUCGAUCUCCAAAGCACCACCAUGGAGGAUGUGCAGGCAGCGUUCGCGUACUCCAUGGUGAACUUCACUGCUACUUGUACAAGACUUUGCUUGAUGAGACCCCAAUGGAAUUUGAACAUGGGGAUUGUGGGCUGUCGCUCCCGCACGGAAAGCACCAAAAGCUGAUGCUGAAAGCUCCCGCGACUACAUGGCUGAAUCGGCAGAAUUGGUGGACUCACGAAGUUUGGUGCGGAAGUGACAACCCUGGCGACUUUGCGCUUUCCCUCCACUUAUACAAAUCUUGCACGGAUGAGUUUGCCUUUGUAAAGCCUCCUGCGAAUGGAAGAGCAGUUCUAGCCAAAGGAGGCCCCAAAAACGAUUUCUUUUGGAACCUACGCGAAGAAGGCAUGGGCUUGCUGGACACAGAUGACCGCGUCAAGGAGAUCGGCCAGGGAGAGGGAGGAAGGCCCAAGAACUUUGUGGAGACAGUGCUAAGUGCUCAUGCAGCCGGACCUUCCUCAGGCAGUGGUGAGGUCAGUCCAUCUCUUGGAUAUCCUUCGCAGCCUGAACUUCACCAGGUGCACGACGGACAGUUUGAACGGGUUCUAAAAUCGGGUACCACAGGCUUCAACGCCUCCUGUCGACACCACCGGUUGGUCCUUGCACAAAGCGGCGAAGGAGGGCGAGGGCGAGAUUCUGCAAGCGUUGCUCCAUGGCGGCGCUGA